AUGGCAGAGCCUGCCGCCCCUGCCCGCUGCCUCAGGGGCGCUGACCCGAGCGACGGCCCCCUGGACUGCCAUGGCCAUGGCUCGAAGGUCACCGGACGCUGCCACGACGAGUGUGAGGCCAGACAUUUGGACGACCUCGAGCGCACACGCUUCGAGGAGUCCUAUGGCUUUCGAUAUCCAGGGAAGCCCUCCGUGGUCAUCACCGCGAGCCGGGACAUGAGCAGCACGGCGAGCACUUGGGCCUUCAACGCGGUGCGCCUGCUGUUCCGCCAGGCCCGCGAAGCCUGCGACUCCUAUUGGAUGCGGCAGCUGAGUCGGGAGAAGCUGGAGAAGCGCCUGGAAACUGGCGCACAUGUGCUAGUCAAAACCCAUGAGUGGACCGGGGAGAUCACGCCCGCGAUGUUCGACCAGGCUGCGGAGCUGUUCACACACGUGGUGGUGAGUGUCAGGGAAGGCUUCGAGAAAGAUCCAGCCUGGAUGAAGGUGGCGACCCACGUGAUCCGCUUCGAAGAGCUGGUAUCUUGUGACAAGCAGAACCCAGACGAUCCUAGCAAGAUUGGGGCCCUCUCUGUCCUUCGUAAACUGUCAGAUCAUUUGGGCUUAGCUUUGACUGAUCAGGACCUGAGAGUUGUGGACUUCGAGCUGAUGACGUUACCCAUACCGAGCAGCGGCUGCAAUCAGACGACCAAGCACUGGCCCUUCCAUAAGCGCCGAGGACGCUUUGCGGCCACAGUGUCCUUGUAUUUCUGGAAGGCGGGGCGCAUCGCUGACGCGGUGCCAUGCUGCUUCUGCUAUUGCUUUUCGGGCUCGGCUUUGGAUGGCUUGCGGCGGCGGAGGUGCUUCGGCUGUGAGGUCGAGGCUUUGGGUGCCAUUCUGUUCUCCUUGGAGGAGGCACUGUUCUUGCAGUCAGAGCUGAAGCUGCUGUGUGUGCUGGAGGGUUCUGAGGCUCUCACGAACGACCGCUUCUUCCAGAAGUGCUGCAACCUGGUGUGCGCUUUUCCGCGCCGCUUUGCAGCCUACCGGCACUACAGACUAGCCGGUUGGGUGGUACGGCCGGAUGCCUUGAAGUUUGGCGCUGAUUUGCUGCUGUACCACGGGCGGCCAGACGAGGUGCACGCGCAAUACGCCGUGGUCCUUGCUGACGAAUCAUUCCAGUGGAAGGACGCGGUGAUGGCCAGCCGCCUCGCGCAGUUGGUGGCCAAAGAGCUCAUCCUGGCAGCCUGUGAGCCGAUGCCGACUCCCAGCGCGAGUCUGGCGGACUUGGGUUCUGGCUCUGUGCUGGAGCUGGUGGUGAGGCCGUGGCGACAGCACCUGGAGUGA